ACUUUCCUAAGUCAGAGACUUUAGGACACGGGACCCAGAACCAGAUGGUCCGGAGGAGACGCGCCAGCCCCCGCCGCAGCUGCCGGAGCGGUGAAGCCCCGGCGCGCCGCAGGGACUGAUCCAGCCCGGCCGGGCAGCGCCGCGGGGCCGUGCCCAGGCCAGAGACCGCGGCAGGGUCUGGAGCCCCCCACCCCGACGGCGGCAGCUUGACCCUCUGCCGGGGGGGGCCCCCUGCGUCGUUUCCUCCUCCCCGCAUCCCCCUUUGCUUUCAUGCAACGCCUGGUGGCCUGGGACGCAGCAUGCCUCCCCAUCCAGCCGCCCGCCUUUAAAUCCAUGGAAGUGGCUAAUUUCUAUUACGAGGCGGACUGUCUGGCUGCUCUCAACAAGCUGCACCCGCGGGCGGCCGGGGGCCGCUCCAUGACCGAGCUCACCGUCGGGGACCACGAGCGAGCCAUCGACUUCAGCCCGUACCUGGAGCCUUUGGCGUCGCAGCCGCCGCCUCCCGCGGCAGCAGCAGGGGGCAACUUUGAGCCUCCGUGCAGCAGCGGCGCCGGCCAAGAUUUCCUUUCCGAUCUCUUCGCCGAGGACUAUAAAGGCAGCGGCGGCAGCAAGAAGCCCGACUACACCUACAUCAGCCUCGCCCGGCACAGCCACCCCUGCGCCAGCCAGAGCCACAAGCCGGGGGGGCUGCCGGGCUGCUUCCCGCCCCAGAUCGUGGAAACCAAAGUGGAGCCGGUCUUCGAGACCCUGGACUCUUGCAAAGGGCCCCGUAAGGAAGAAGGGGGCGCGGGGCCGGGACCGGGGGGCAUGUCCUCGCCCUACGGCAGCACCGUGCGCUCCUACCUGGGUUACCAGUCGGUGCCGAGCGGCAGCAGCGGGAACCUGUCCACCUCAUCCUCCUCCAGCCCCCCCGGCACCCCCAACCCCUCCGAGUCCUCCAAGUCGGCCGCCGCCGGCGGGGGCUACUCCACGGCCCCGGCGGGCAAGAACAAGCCCAAGAAGUGCGUGGACAAGCACAGCGACGAGUACAAGCUCCGCCGGGAGAGGAACAACAUCGCGGUGCGCAAGAGCCGCGACAAAGCCAAAAUGCGCAACCUGGAGACGCAGCAUAAAGUCUUGGAACUGACGGCCGAGAACGAGCGGCUGCAGAAGAAGGUGGAGCAGCUCUCCCGGGAGCUGAGCACCCUCAGGAACUUGUUCAAACAGCUGCCCGAGCCCCUGCUCGCCUCCUCGCCGCGCUGCUGACCCCCGGCCGGGCGGCGGGGCGAGCGGAGCCGCCGGCCCCGCUCCGCGCUCCUGGGGCCGGGGCGAGGGGGGCGAGAGCCCGCGGCGGGCGGGCGGGUUUGGUUUUAAUUUGUGUUGAUGUUGUUGUUGGAUUUUUUUUUUUUUUUUUUUGGUCUUUAUCGGCAUGUUGGCGGAAGGCUCCGCCGCCGCGCGGGGUCUGAGCGGGGCCGGGGGCUGCAGCGGGGCGGGCGCGGAGGGACCCCGGCCCCGGCCCGGGCGGGCUCUGCUGGGCGCUGGGUUAUUUAAAAGAGCGAGAGGAGAGCAAGGGCAAAGUGAUGCAAUCCUUUAAGCAUGGCUGGGAAUGCUGUGUACAUGAUGCAAUCUCGUGUAACUGUCAGUCAUGGAUUGAGUAAUCUGUUAAAGAUGUUCCUACAGUUUUUUUAUUAUAAAGAAUAAUCUAUUUCUAUAAGAAAAUACAUAUGUAUAUUUUGGGAUCUAUGCAUUCUUGCUACAUUUGAAGCAUUAAUGAACAAUUUUAAUAAACUUUAUGACUAGGUUAAAAAAAA